UCGAAUUUUAACUGUUACGUUUUAGAACGUUCGCAACGGAAUAAAUUCAACUGCCAUCUAGCGACUGACGGUAGAAUCACGGGACUUUGGAUUGUCCUUAUAAAUGAGGUGUCGAAAAUAUAAAUUUCUCGCAAUAGAUGACUACUAACAAUGGCAAAAGUUUGGAGUACCAAAUAUAUAAUGACUGUUUUUCUCUACCUAUGUUUAUGGGUUUCAUGUAUUUAUUCUACAAUUGUGUUCCACGAAAAACUGAUUGGAAAAGUUGGAGCUGGAAACUAUAGCUAUUACACAUUAUCUAGAGAAGGUAGCAUUACAAUUAUUCUAAAUACUCUUCAAGGAGAUAGUGACUUGUAUAUAUCAGAUCAUACAAAACAGCCCACAUUUGAAAUAGAAAACCAUAAUUUACAGUCAGUGACUUGUGGAUUAGAUAGAAUUGAUGUGCCAUUUGAAUUCAAGCGUCCAAUAAUUAUUGGAGUGUAUGGUCAUCCUUCUCAAGAUUUCAGCAUAUAUGAACUCGAAGUAAUUGUCGACGAUUCGCCAGAAGAGUACAAAGAUUACAGUACAGAAAAUUUAUCGUCAGGUUCUUCCCCUCCACCACCAGUGCCAUCACCAUCUAAGAGAUCACACGAGUCUGAUGAAAAUUCCACGCUCUGGUCUGUUUUUACCACUGUCUUACAAAUACUCUGGACUGUUUUUAUCACUGUCUUACAAAUUGUUUUGGAGGCCUUUACAAGUUGACUACUCCAUCAGAAAGCAAUUUUAUAUAUAAUGUUAUGUAAUAAAAAAUUAUAUAUAUAUACAUACACAUGCAUACACACAUACCUUUUUUGUAUAAAAAUUCUAUAAUUCUUAUGUGAAGGAAAGUUCUAAUGAUAAUUUCUUAAUUAAAAAAAAAACAAACACCAUUUAUUCAAGAAAUAUGAAUUUAUAUUAAAAUAUAUAUAUAUGAUUUGAUAAAAGGAAAGUUUUAUCAAAUUAGUUUGAAUAAGUUUUUUGAAGGAAAUUUAAAAAAGUUGCUUGUAAUGAGUUAUUAAACUGUUGGUUUUUUUUUUC